UAGAGAUGGCAGAGCAGCGCGGAGGCGGGAGGGAGCGGGAUGAGGGGCAAGGUUUGGAGGACUGGGGUCUGUAGGGUUGGGUGUAGGUAUCGGUGGUGUGGGAGUCUGGUGGGAGAUUUGGGGGUCCGGGAGAGGCCUCCGGUGGUGGUGGGCGAUGAAGGGACUGUGAAGCAGACCGUGAAGCUGAUUAAUUUGGGGGUCACUUGAGAGUUGAGAUAUUGGAAUGUCUGUGGAAAUCAAUAAUUUGGGGUUAGGGAGGGGUGAAUUGUUGUGAAACCAGUGGAGGGAAGGAUUUUUUUUGGGGGGGCGGGCGGGGGUGGCGACAGCAGGCGCUGGGAGAGAGGGAGCCCAGAGGUCACCCUCUGGAGUGAAUGAAGGGCUGCUUGGUGUCAUUGUGCACUGGGGAAGUGGAUUGAGGGUUUGUAGGAAUAGUUAAGGCUCUAGUGAUCCAUGAUUUGGGUGCCUUGAAUUGGGGACUGGACCCAAAGGGAUGAAUGAUAAGGCCCUUGAGGGGAGUCUGUUUGGGCAAUGUUGAGAGGGCUCCGAGUGGUUGAACUGAGGAUUUCGUUGACAGGCCUUUUGGUUGCUGCAGUGUUAGACUUUGUUCCCUGUGCUCCUGGAAAACAGGAAGGUUAAGAAAUGUUCCCCUUUCCAGGGUUCAAGGAAACCCCUCCUUCCAAGAACCCUGUUCCCCUCACAGGACUCCCUUGUUUACCUGUGACAAGGCCAUAGAUAAAUAUGAUACCAACUCCUCUCAUCCUUUACCUCAUCAAUGAUUAGCUGAACCGUUUGUCCUCACACAUCAAAGCAGUUGUUAACCAAACUUCUUUGGUUCAGCUUCUCUUUUUCCUGCAGUUUACUGAACUUUGGUGCACUGCAGCUUGAGCAGCCUUACAGCCCUGACACCCCGGCCCACCACCCCCGGCCGCCCGCCCAUUGAGAAAUGGCCAGCCUCUGGUGAAAUGUCCUGUCAUCUGCCAUCUGGUCACCCUGCCCUUUGAUCCGGCAUCCUGACACCUUGCCGAGAUGCUUCUACCUCUUAGGGCCACAGCGUUUUCCCUACUUCAGCACCCCGCACCACCCACGAUAAUAAAUUCUUGGAGUGAAAUAUUUCUUUCCCAAGUCUGCAUUUUUUAAAAGGUUCACUUAUUUAUUUUGGCUGUGCUGGGUCUUCGUUGCUGCAUGCAGGCUUUCUCUAGUUGUUGCAAGUGGGAGCUGCUCUUCAGUUGUGCUCAGGCUUUUCCUUGUGGUGGCUUGUCUUGUUGUGGAGCCUGGGCUCUAGAGCGCAUGCUUCAUUAGUUGUGGUGUGUGGGCUUAGUUGCCAUGAGGCAUGUGGGAUCUUCCCCGACCAGGGAUUGAGCUGGUGUCCCCUAAAUUGCAAGGCAGACUCUUUAACGACUGGACCCCCAGGGAAGCCCUGCAUUUAUUUUGGCCUGACAGUUUAGUGGUAGCUUUUUUAGUGGAGGGGAGUGACUAGGGUGGCCCAGGCUGGUGAGUGGUCUGAGUCUGUGUUUGGGGAUCUGGUGACCGAGAUGUCAGGUUGGGGGCUGUGUAUCAGUGUUGGGGGUCUGCGCUUAAGUUGAUAGGUGGCCUGUUGGGGGUUAUGAGAGUGGAAAAUGGGGGUGGUAUUUGGCAUUGUUGGAGGGGCUGGGGGUGUUGGUGUUUGUAUGGCUCUGGAGGCCCUUGCAGAGUGAUGAGCUGUGGGGAUAUCAGCAAGUGGUGGGUGAGCACAGGGUGGACUAGAGAGUGGAUAUCAAGGAGGUGAGUGGCUGGCAGCCCUAUGUGAUGAGGGGCUGGGGACCACUGGGGGGUUAGUGAUGGGGGCUAGUUUAGGUGGUAGGUCGUGAUGGGAUUUAGCAAGCCUGCACCUGUGAAGGUGAGUGGGUGGGUACCCAUAGAAGGGAGUGAUGGGAGGUCUGCAGGUGUCCUUUGGGACUCAGCAUGUGAGAUUCCAGUGACAGUUUCUAGUCAACGAAUAGCCUGGAGAUUGUUGAGUGGAGUUUGGAGGAGCCAGUGAUGGGGUUUCUUGGUGGCAUUGAGAAACCUGUGGGAAUUGGAGGUAAGGGGCUCUGGGGUUUUAGUCAACUGAGGGGUCUGUUGGGAUACCUGUGGCUAUGCGCAGGGCUGAGUGAGGGAGAGCCUGCUGUGACCAGGAGCAAACGGUUCUGUACUGUCUGAUUGGGGAUUGAGCUGUGGUGAGAGACUUUGGGAUUCAUUGAUUCACAUACUUCUGUGGAUUGGUUUUGUCACUGGUGGUUGGUGAUUGGGAGCUUUGCUAGAAGAGUGUUGGGGACCCACCGUGUGUGUAACUGAUGGCCCAGACACCCUGGAGGGAUGGUGGACACGUGGGGGUCAGUGGUUUGUGUUCAGUUAUUGGGGCUGGGGAAUUCUCAGGUGGUCAGUUAGUGUGAUUGAGGUGGUCUUUGGAACGUGUGUUUGAGGGGCUGUGGGUGUUGGUGAUUGCAGGGCCUGUGAGCGUGGUGUUUUGGGGUUUGAAUGGAUCAUGUGUGGGCUCAGGCAAGACUCUCAGGUUGUGACCUCUGUUCAAUAACUAUGUUGUCUUUUGUUCUUUAGCCCCUCUCAUCCAGCACCUGUGUGGCCUUGUUGGUGAGUGAUGGCUCCUUUUACUUGAAUGUUUUCUUAAGAAUUCUCAGUGACCCCAUUGACUCUGAAUCCUCCCACUUGUGUCUGAUGCACCUUCAUGGGUGUGGUUGGCCUAUGGCCUUCCAAAGGGCCUUGAAUUUAGACUGAAACAGUGGGCCUUCCUCCACCUCCUCAGGGCUCAGCUGAGAGUCAUCUCCAAGGAGUAUCCUCCAUCUACCCACUUGUCUGUCACAUUUGAAGUUUCUUCUGAGCGCUCUGACAAUCAGAAAUUUUGUUGAUGUUUGUAUCCCACCCGAGAGGGCAGGGAUCAUCUGUCUUAUUUUGUGGUCUCUCCCAUGUGUCCAGAGCAGGGCCCAGUAGAAAGAGACCCUUAACAAAUUGUUGCUUUCCUGAGCCAUAAAUGAGACUGUGAGUGUGUGUGUAUGCACUGGGGUGUGUGUGUGUGAGACAGAGUGUGAGUAUGAGUGUGUGAGUGAGAGAGAUCUGGUGUGGAUGUGAGAACAGAGUGCAGGAGUAUGUUGGAUCCUGGGGGAGAAACAGAGUGACUGUUUUGGGUGUUAGUACAGUCAGCACGUCCCCUUUUCCAGAGAAGCUGCAGGAGGGCUCCUGUGCAUCAACCCAAAAGGGGUCCAGAUGAGAUAGACGCUUCCAGGGCAGGUGGGCCUGCAUCUCAAGGACCCCAGGUUUGAAAAGCAUUGACUCUGGAGUCUCUUCCCUCAGCCUCCUAGACCACUGGGACACGCCCUUGCCCAGGAGCCCCAAAGAGCUCCCUGCAUGUCCCAGGAGGAGGUGCUUUUCCCUUGGGUGUCACUCUCUGCUCUCGAAGGAUGUUUUUCUUGAGAGACCUGUUCUCAAGCACCACGCUUUUCACACUGGACUGAGGAGAGUCCAGUCUCAUUGGGGGACAUUGAUCUUUGUGUCCGCUGCACCCACACGUGGGCAGAACCCAUGGCAUUACUCUCCCUUCCCACCAGUAGGAGUUCUUCCUGCCCUGGAUGCCCUUGCUCUGCCCUCUACCACUGUUUCAGUCAAAAUUCAAAAUCCAGUCUGUCUUUCCAGCCUCGCUGGUUCUUGACUCACUGCAGGUCCUCUCUGUACCUGGUCCACACUGGGACCUGCCCUCCCUGCCUGGCCUGUGUCUUCUCUUGAUUCUCUCAAGGCCCUCGAUCGACGAUGCUGGGAGCUGGUUUGUGGUCUGGCCGGCAUUGAGCAGUGUUCCUGGGUUUCCUUUCUCUUUCCCUUGCUGACUGAGCAGUUUGGGGCUCCUAAGCAGGUGGUGAUGAAAGCAGACUUCCUUUGUCUGAUUACAGCCCUCAGCCCAACCCUGAGGGUGGCAGGAAGGACCUCAAAGGGGCCAGUGUUCUCUCCACUCUUGUUAGUGGCCCUGGAGCAAAACCUGGCAGUGUGCUGACACCCAGGCAUAACUUUCUGCCCUCACUUGUGGAGGACGAGUCCACACAUCUCUCUCUGUUCAACUGGGACACUUAGGAUGCCUCCUUCCCCUUCCCGCCAUUCUUAAUAGAACAACAGGCUCCUGCGCUGGAUCUCCUAUAGGAAUUAUGUUCUCUUCUUUCUCAGUUUACUUUCUAGAAAAGUGUCCAUUGAUUGUCGAUCACAUCUGGUCUUCCUUGCAGCCUGUCAGCCUGUGGGGACCAAGCCAGGAGCACAAACAUCUCAGGGGGCGCCCAGCAGUCACUCCCAGACCACAGGUUUGGACCACAGCACUGGACAGAUCUCAGUAAGGAGAUGGAGUUUGUCCCUCGUGUCCCCAGGUUUACCAGGAACUGUGUUUUUGGACACUUCCUUUCAGGUGUACCCUCAUGAAGGAAAUCACAUCCCUGUGUGACCCCGCCCCUGUGGCGUCCUUGGCUCUGAUCCGGUGUCUGGCUGAUGUCAGUGACCUGGCUCAUGAGUGGUGGAGAAAUUGAAAGUGCUCUGAGCUGGAUCACCCUAAAGGCCAUGGGUCUCAGGAUCAAGACUUGUGUGAGAUAAGAAAGAAGAAGCCUCAGGACUUGGGGUGCAUUCCCAUCUUUGACCAGAGGUUCAGAGUAUCAGGACAGAGAGAAGUCACAGAGAGAGCAGAUUUUCCAGAACUGGGGAAGAUGAUGAAGUCACAGGCCUUUCCCUGUUCCUGCUGUGUUCUGAGUCAGGAGUUCAACAGAGCUGAGAGGGCUGAGCUGCUGAUAACUGCAGCAUCAGGGUGAUGGUAUCAAAGCCUCUAAUCGCUGUGAUGGCACAGAUAUCAUUUGAAGAUGUGGCUGUGAAUUUCACAUUGGAGGAGUGGCAGCUGCUUAAUCCUACUCAGAAGACCUUGUACAGAGACGUGAUGUUGGAGAACUAUAGCAAUCUAGUUUUAUUGGGUUAUCAAGUUAUCAAACCUGAGAUGAUCUUCAAGCUGGAGCAAGAAAAGCCAUGGUUAUUAGAUGAAGAAAUCCUAAGUCAAAACUUCUCAGAAAAAGUCUGGCUAGAUAAUAAUCUCAAAAUGUGGCAUCAGGAUAAUCAAGACAAGCUUAAAAGUUUGGAGAGAGGCCAUGAAUAUGACAUCUUUGAGAGAAUGUUUCAUUUAGGCAUUAACUUUGAUCAUUUAGGAAUGAGAUCCCAUAAAUGUGGCACAGGUGAAAAAAGUCUGAAGGAUCCUUUUGAUUUUCUUAUUCCAAAAAGUAACUGUGAAAGAAAGAAACUUGAUGAGCUUAAUAGGAAAUUAUUAUUUUGUAUUAAACCUGCCAGAACUUAUGGUGGAAUAAAAUACUCUGAUGGCAAUACAUGUAGAAAAGUCAGCAGUAAAGAGCCAGAACUCAUUAUGAGCCAUAUACCACACACAGGAGUCUGUUUGUGCAUGGAAUGUGGCAAGGUUUUUAAUAAAAAGUCACAGCUCAUUAUACAUCAAAGAACUCAUACAGGAGAGAAGCCCUAUGGAUGCCGGGACUGUGGGAAAGCUUUCUCCCAGAAGUCAUUGCUCACUAUUCAUCAAAGGACUCAUUCAGGAGAAAAACCAUAUGGGUGUGGGGAAUGUCAGAAAGCUUUCAGUAGGAAGUCACUGCUCAUUUUACAUCAGAGAACUCACACAGGAGAGAAACCGUAUGGCUGCAGUGACUGUGGGAAAGCCUUCAGCAGGAAGUCACAGCUUAAAAGACAUCAGAUAACCCAUACGAUAGAAAAGCCCUAUGGCUGCAGUGACUGUGGGAAAGUCUUCUCCCAGAAAUUAAAGCUCAUUACACAUCAGAGGACACACACAGGCGAGAAGCCCUACAGAUGUAGUGAUUGUGGAAAAGCCUUCUUUUGGAAGUCACAGCUUAUUACUCAUCAGAGGGUUCAUACAGGGAAGAAGCCAUAUGCCUGUAGUGAAUGUAAAAAAGCCUUCAGCAGGAACUCACUCCUCAUUAGGCAUCAGAGGAUCCAUACAGGAGAGAAACCCUAUGAAUGCAGUGAAUGUGGUGAAGCCUUCAUCAGAAAACCACAACUUGUUAAACAUCAAAUGACUCAUACGGGAGAGAAGAAUUAUCAGUGCAGUAAUUGUGAGGAAGCCUUCUUUAAGAAGUCAGAACUAAUUAAACAUCAAAAGGUUCAUUUAGGAGAAAGACCCUAUAGAUGUGUUGAAUGUGGAAAAACCUUCUUUGGAAAGUCACAGCUCCUGACACAUCAAAGAACUCACACUGGAGAGAAACCUUAUGAAUGUAGUGCCUGUGGGAAAGCCUUCACCCAGAAGUCCAGCCUGGUGUCCCAUCAGAGGACACAUACAGGGGAGAAACCUUAUGAAUGCAGUGAAUGUGGGAAAACCUUCAGUGAGAAGUCAAGUCUCAUUCACCAUCAGAGAACCCAUACUGGAGAAAAACCCUUCGAAUGUGGUGAGUGUAGGAAAGCUUUUGCCUGGAAGCCACAGCUUCUUAGGCACCAGAGAAUUCAUACAGGGGAGAAACCCUAUGGAUGCAGUGAAUGUGGAAAGGCAUUUGUUCAGAAAGUACAGCUCAUUAAACAUCAGAGAAAUCAUACAGGAGAGAAGACCUAUGGAUGCAAUGACUGUGCAAAAGCUUUCUUUGAGAAGGCACAGCUCAUUAUACAUCAGAGAAUUCAUACAGGAGAGAGACCCUAUAAAUGUGAGGAAUGUGGGAAGUCUUUCACUAGGAAGUCACACCUUAUGAGGCAUCAGAGGAUCCAUACAGGGGAUAAGUACUAUGGAUGCAGUGAAUGUGGGACUGUCUUCCACAGGAAGGCGCAGCUCCUGAUUCAUCAGAGAAGUCAUAUGCUGUAGACAUGGGGUGAAUGUGGUGAGUGUGGGGAGUCUGCCAUCAGAUAUCAGGUCCCUGACACUCCAAGGACAUGUAUGGGAGAGAAACUCUGUCACUGCAGUGACUGUCUCACCACAUAGAAUUUAGAAAGAGAACCUUUUUUUGUUGUUGUUGUUAAGUAGACAAUAUAGGAAAGUCUUCUCCCAGGAAACACAACUUGUGACAUAUUGAUGGCUCCUCAGUGUGGAAGUCUUAUCAGUAUUGUGAUAGGUAUAGACCUUUCAGUCAAAAGUGCCAGGCUAUUAAAUUUUAGAAGAUAUAAACAGGAGAAAAACUCAGUUGUUGUAAUGAGUGAGUGAAAAUUUCAUUGGGAAAUGGUAGCCCAGAGUACACUAGAUGAUACAUACACAAAGGAAGUAACGUCUCAUGCAGAGGAGUAGUCCCAGUACAUUGAAGAAUUUGAUAAGCAUGAUCCCUGUUGAAAAUUCUUUAAGGAGGUUAUGUUUAUUGUAUAUAAAUUGUAAGAAAAUAGGCAUUUUUAAAGUGGUAGCUGUGUUUGAGGUGUGAAGACUUCUUUCUGCUUUCUGUUAGGGUGGUAUAAUAAGAACCACAUAAACUCUCUUGCUUUAAACAGCUAGAAACUACCAUUUAUUAAAUAGUGGUUUUUAGAUAUAUGUCAAGUGCAGGUUUAUGAUCCCUGGCAGGAGGUGGACAAAAUGAGGACAGCCCCACGACUGCCCAGCCUACUACCUGGGGGCCACUGUCAAGGCUGCAGGUCAGGGAGUUGAAUGAACAUGGUCUUGCUGAACCGAAGAGGGUUUCUGAGUUGGCAUUUGAGGAACCUCGGUAGCUAGAAUUUGCAGGUGAAGGGUGCUGGGUAAGAAGGAGCUUCCCAGAGAGGAGGCUGUAUAAAUCCUCAGUGAGUCCCUCUUUGAGUAUUUGGCUUUAGCCUUUAUUUGCAUGUGUGUGGAAGAAAACUGAGACUCUGAGAGGAGCUAGGCAGCAGGGAGCUGAAUAAGCCCUGGAGCUUAGCACAGGCUGAGACAGUUUAUGUUCCCACCAGCCACUUGGAGGCAGCUUUUUGCACAGGGGCAUCAAGGGGAGUUCCCAGAACUGAGUUGUCUUGGGAAGGGUGGAGAGUCACUUAACCUAGAUUAAAAGCUACUCUGGACCCACAGUGUCUGACAUCCAGAAACUUACCUGGCACACCAAGAGGCAGGAACAUAUGACUUGUAACUACAAGAAAAAUCAGUCAAUAGAAAAAGGAAAGACUGAAUUGAUGGGAAGUAGUAGACAAGUAUAUUCAAAUAGCUACUGUAAGUAUAAAGUAGAAGAAAACAUAAAUUUGACAAAACCUGGAGUGUAAGGUACACUUUUAAAAGCUCAAAUGGAACUUCUCAGGUUGAGAACAACUCUGAAAAAUAAAAAAUAAAAAAACCCAACUGGAAUUAAGAACAUAUUAGACAUAGAAGAAGGAAAGAAAUCAAUGAAUCUGAAGAGUAAGAAUGAAAAUUAUCAAAUGAUAUACACAGAGAAAAACAUGUGGGUGGGGGGAAAGGAAGACAGGAAAUUAGUUAAAAGUGGUGUAAUAUACAUGUAAUGGAAGGUCUAGAGGAGAGAAGUGAGAGGCAGCAGAAAAGGGAUUUGAAUAAAUGAUGGCUGAAAAAUACCCAUUAUGAUGAAAAGUAUAAACGCACUUAUUCAAGAAGUUCAAAGAACCCAACACAGAAGAAACAUAAAGAUGCCAAUGGACAUCACAGUCAGUUGAUGAAAACUGGAGUUAAAGAGAACAAUUGUUGGGAAUUCCCUGGUGGCCAAGUGGCUGGGAGUCUGCCUUCCAAUUCAGGGAGUGAAGGUUCAAUCCCUUGUCGGGAAACUGAGAUCCCCCAUGACGUGUGGCGCGGUCAAAAAAAAUUUUUUUUAAUUGAGCAAUUGUAAAAUGCCUGGAGAAAAAAGGACAGGACACACCCACAGAGCAAAAAAGUACAAUAUACUUCUGGUCAGAAACUAUGCAAACUAUAGGACAGCAGAAUGACGCUGUUAAGUUACAAAAGAAAAUAAAGAACCUCCCCUGCCCCACAGCCUGGAGUUCAAUUGCCUGUCAAAAACAUCUUUCAAAAAUGAAACCAAGAAGGACUUCAAAAAAGCAAAAUCAGAGAGAGUUCCUGCCUUCAGGAAACAUUGAAGGAAGUUUGGGGACAACAGGAGAACACAACUCUGGAAAUGAAAGGUUCUGGAAAUGGUGAAUGCAUGGGUGAAUAUGAAAGAUUUUUGUCUUUAUUUUAAAAUUCUUUAAAAAGGUAAUGAACUGCUUUAAACCAAACUAAUGACAGCAUACCUUGGGUUAAGAUCUACUUAGAAGUAAAGUGCUACAGUAGUACUUAAGUAUGAAUCUAUAAAAAUAGUUGAAGAUACUUGUGUUGUCUGAGUCAGAGAUGUGGGAUGACUUGUAUCUAUAGCAGCUACAUGAUGAAAAGUGUCUGUGUUAUGGAUCUGUACAUGUGCUCAUGUUCUGAGUGUUCUCCAUGUCCACACCAUUUUCCUCCUUUCUCUGUAUGCCCAGAGGGAGUGCACUGCUUCCUAGGAUUUCUGCUUAGGUUUGGACAGGCGAGGUGUGUGUCACCCCUGCCUCUCUCCUGCUGGCACACAUCUGGGGGUGUCUGUCCAUGUGGCUGAAGCUCCUAUGUUCACCACAGACCCUCCCCCUGCUCAUCAGACAUAAGGGUGUUGUUAACUGCUUCUGGGGACUUCACCAUCGCUGGUUAAUUUUCUUAAUUCUAGACACACUUCUGUAAAUAGUUUGUUUAUUAAAUAUUCUUGAGUUAAUAAUUUUGAGUAUAACGUUUGUUACAAAUGAUGAACGUUUGACCAAAUUUUGAGUAUCAGUUACUGGUCCAUGGGGCAUAGGCUGACAUCUGUUGAGAUUUCUCACACUCAAGAUCAGUAUUUUCUCUUUGUAUUUUAAUAAUUCAGUAAAAAUUAUAAAUUCUUUGUGUGUUUUGUUUUGUUUUGCUGCAAACAUAAAUGACUCUGGAGAUUGUUACCAUUUGCUCCAUAUGCCGGUGGUCUUGCAGCAAUAGACUGAACAUCAUGAGGUCUUUGUGCUACCUCUGGGUUGGUUGACCUUACAAGAAAGCAUUAUUAUUUUUGUUAAAUAUGUAUGGGCAAGAAGAAGGUAACUCAUUACUGAGUGAAGAAAGAAAGGAAUGAUGUACUGUACUUCCCUGUACUCUUAUUUUAAAAACUUGUGCUGUGCAAUUAAAAUACUCUUAUUCCA